AUGAAGGGGAACGCGCCCGUGGACAUGUUUAUUGUGGCGCAGCGUAGGGAGCGUAAUAAAUCUGUUCUUUGGCCGUCCCUGAAUGCACAUCUUGACCAAGAGAACACUCGAGAUCAAAAUAGGAAGGAUAAAAAGAAUCCGCGCGAGAACUGUGUUAUUUUCGUGUACUCGCAACAGCACAUGAAUAUGGAUGAGGCGAAGCGAACAGUUGCCGAAUUCGAUGCUCGCGAGCGCCCGGUACAUCGCAUCGGUACAAAUUACCGAGAUAAUGACGCGGACGAAACAAUGGCCCUGAUAAAGCGGCGGGGUCAGAGGGGCCGUUGCGUGGCGCCCGGAAUGCGGCCGCGCCCGCAGCGGCUUCUGUGCGCGAAGAGAUCCCGCUCU